ACCGGCGCUGGACUGUUUUUACACCUGGCAUUGGUGUGUUGUUUAAGCUUAGAACGGGAGUUCACCAUGUCAUUUCCUAGAACGGCUGCCUCGCUAGAAGAUCUAGAGUGGUUCCAUGGUGAUCUGUCACGUCACGUGACAGAGAGUGUUUUGUUGCAGAAUGGCCGUGACGGGACGUAUUUACUGCGCACAAGUAAUAACAACCCCGGGGAGUACACCCUAAGUGUCAGGUGUCACGAUUCCGUUAAACAUUUUCGGCUACUGCGAGGCAGGGAUGGUAAAAAAUACAAAUUUGGUAUGCUUACAUUUGAAAACGUCGGCGAACUUCUAGAUCAUUUUGCUAAGAAGCCAAUGAUUGGGGGAGAUACAGGUACGUUAAUGGUGUUAAAGUAUCCAUAUUCCAAAAACAUAACAGAACCAGCGUGUUACGACACUGUGAAAGUCCACGCCGAAGGAGGUGACAUAAACUUCGAAUCCAACGUAUGCACUAAUAAUACUGGUCAGACAAUGGCGAUCUCUUCGAAAGAGGGAUUUUUAACUAAAGAGGGCGGUAUAAUCAAAUCCUGGAAAACAAGAUGGUUCGUUCUCUGUCGAAAUGAAUUUAAAUAUUACAAAUCGAGAGAGGAUAGUACGCCAAUUCGUGUGCUGGACCUGAGAGAAUGCCAAGGUGUCGACUACGACCACUAUAGAAUAAAAGACAAAGAAAACUGUUUUAUAGUUGAAUUUCCAGAUAGAACGUUCUACUUAUUUGCAAACACGAAAACUGAAGCAGACGAGUGGGUGAGGCAGCUGCAGUGGCAAGUGCGACAUCUCCAAGGAAAGGCAGAUCCUAUACUUUUGAAUUAGAAUGCUAUAACCUGAUUGUCCUGACGACCUUUGAACCGAUGUUGUAAUUUAAAAAAAAUAUACUACAUUGACGUUUACUAUCGAAAACAUGUUCAUUCUACCAGGAUAUUGUGGUCACGCGACUAGAGAGUAUGCUACAAACUACGAGCCAUAGAGAGAUGUCAUCUUGCAAGAUGGUGUUGUUGACGGCAUGUUUCAACAUACUGAGUCAACGGUAGCCUCAUUCUUACCGGUGACUGGAAUGGAGUUAUUAGAUUAUGUGAUUAAAGCCAGUAGGAGUUUUCAUUUUAGUGUGUUUUUUACUGUAUUUGUAAGUUUAAUGAGUACUAAUUUUAGUUACAGUUGUUUUACAGUGAAAGGCACAAAACUGUGGAUGUUUUUUUUAUAUAAAUAUUUAUAAAUCAGAAUAACUGGUAGAAUUCAAAUCGACCAAUCCAGAAACUAGGCGGCGACAUCAUCAUGAGUUCUAAUUAAUAUUGAUGAGUUAGUUCAAUAUUCAAUCAGCAAAGCUUUUCUUUUUUACAAUUGGGCGGUUGCAGUUGCUAUGUUACUUACAGGCUUGCUUAUUAACGUGGACAGUGUGGAGCUAUCGAGCCGAUUUUUACUACUGUUUGAAGCGCGGUGGUCAUUGAUUUUCCCACAAUCCAAUGCGUUCUUCAAAUGGAAAUCAGAGUAUGAGGUUUGACCUGGGCGCGAUUACCGCCAGUGAUGCUUUCGAUACCUUCCAAUCACAUGAAAAUUGCCUAAUUAAAGCUUGGAAACGUCUCAGUUCGUACUCGUUGAUUUGCGCAACAGUCAAAGUCGCCAUCUUUGUUUACGUGAGACCCAUAUAUCUCGCACAUGCGCAACGACUACCGCGCUUUAAAUAUGUUUACAAACUGAUCGAGGUACAGCUAUUGUCUUUCGUUGUACACACAGAAAAAUGUUGUUUCUUGUAAAAAGUUCUUGUAAAUAUUUGUAAAAAAUCCCGUAUUACAUUUUGCACCAUACUUCUCCAGAAAGUAUUUAAGAUGUGUUACAUAGUAUGUUUAGAAAACUGGUUAUCUUGUGAUUUCAAAUAGAGGUUCAAUCAAAACGAUUAUGUUCCACAUACGUCACAAUUUGAAUGUUUCAAAACUUUUUUUUUUCUAAUAGUACUUUUAUAUAAUAAUCCCACUUAUAUAAAAGUUCAUUGAAUUAUAGAAUAUCAUCUUACAAUAAAAAUGACACUUUGAAACAAAAACGAAAGCAAAA